AUGAGCAAGUCUUCAGCAUCGUCUUCUAGCUCAUCCCAUAGAGCGAAGAAAGAACACGCUCCGAAGGGUGAUCGGGAAGGGGUAUCUGCUGUGUUUUCCCAAUUUUCUCAGUUGCUUCAUGCUUCGCAGAGAUCCCUUCCUACCGAGAAUGGAGACGGUUCCUACAACGACACGGCGAUUCAAAGGACGGGAUUAAAGAAGGACUUGAAAUACCUUCGUAUGAAAGAUGUGAAGACGGUUCUAGACCUUGCUCGAAGCAAGCUUAAGGGGGAACAGUUGACAGAUGACAAGACGAUGAUUAUGGAACGAGUCAUCCAGCUCGUCGCCGAACUACCCACGGGCUCACGGCUUAGGGAGGAGCUGACCAAUACUUUCCUAAACGAAUUAUGGGAUACGCUAGAUCACCCUCCGUUGUUAUAUAUGGGCGAGAAACAUGAAUAUAGGAUGGCAGAUGGGUCGUGGAACAAUCCGAAGUAUCCUCAGCUCGGAGCAGCGGGUUCGACAUAUGCUCGGACUUGUCGGCCGGGUAUUGUACCGUUGGGGGCAUUGCCCGACCCAGCGCUCAUCUAUGAAUCGGUCAUGAAGAGGACUCAAUACCGGAAGCAUCCCAAUAAUGUCUCCUCGGUUCUCUGGUAUUGGGCGACCAUCAUCAUACACGAUCUCUUCUGGACGGACCAGGCCGACAUCAGCAAAACAAAAACGUCUUCGUUCUUAGAUCUCUCUCCUCUAUACGGUAGUAACCAAGCUAUGCAAGAUACCGUGAGGACUUUCAAGGACGGGAUGAUGAAGCCUGACUCCUAUGCCGAUAAGCGACUCCUCGGGUCUCCACCUGGUGUGUCUGUCAUACUAAUCAUGUUCAACCGUUUUCAUAACCACGUUGCGGCGAACCUCGCUGCCAUUAACGAGGGCGGUCGCUUCACGCCCCCUUCUCCCGGGCUUAGCGAAGAGAAAGCUGCUGCAGCAUGGAAGAAAUAUGACAAUGACCUUUUCCAGACGGCCCGUCUAGUCACUUCUGGACUGUAUAUUAACAUCACCCUGGUAGACUACGUGAGAAACAUCGUCAACCUGAACAGGAGUAACACCACUUGGACGCUUGACCCGCGCGCAGAGAUGGGCCGUGACGUCGGCACCAAGGCCGGCGCUGAGCGUGGGACUGGGAGUAUGGUUUCCGCCGAGUUUAAUCUCUGUUAUAGAUGGCACUCGUGUAUCUCGGAAAAGGAUGACAAAUGGGUCCAAGACUUCUACAAAGAGCUGUUCGACAAGGAUCCGUUGAAUUUGAACCCGCAAGAUAUGAUUAGGGGCUUCGUCAAGUUCGAUCAAAAAAUUCCAGCCGACCCCAGCGAGAGAGUAUUCGGGGGCUUCAAGCGUGGUGCUGAUGGAAAAUUCAAAGACGACGAUCUUGUCGGCUGCAUCUGUGAUGCUAUAGAAGACUGUGCCGGAGCAUUCGGUGGUCGUAAUGUGCCACAAUCGAUGAAGCCGGUUGAGAUAUUAGGUAUUCUUCAGGGACGGAAAUGGAACGUCGCCGGACUGAAUGAAUUCCGCAAGCACUUCGGGCUUAAGCCGCACGAAAAGUUCGAAGAUAUCAAUUCCGACCCUGAGAUUGCUAAUUCUCUUCGACACCUUUACGAGCAUCCCGAUUACGUCGAACUGUAUCCGGGACUGGUUGCUGAAGAGGCAAAGGAGCCAAUGAUCCCUGGCGUUGGAAUCGCUCCGACCUAUACCAUUUCUCGCGUGAUCUUAUCCGACGCCGUCUGUUUGACACGAGGAGAUCGUUUCUAUACCACAGAUUAUCAUCCUCGUGGUCUCACAUCCUGGGGUUACAAUGAAGUAGCUUAUGACCUGAAUAUCAACCAAGGUUGCGUCUUCUACAAGCUCUUCAUCCGAGCUUUCCCAAACCACUUCAAGGGGGAUUCAGUAUACGCUCACUAUCCCAUGGUUGUUCCAAGUGAAACCAAGAAAAUCUUGACAGACCUUGGGCGAGUCCAAAACUUUAAUUACGACCGUCCAUCGUUCAUACCAGCCCAUGUCAACGUCACGACAUAUGGUGGAGCACAGCAUGUAUCCGAGAAUCAGGAUAAAUACAAGGUCAUAUCGAACGAAGGGUUGUCAUUCCUUACGGACGUUGGGGGAAGCCGCUUCACGAUCUCCGGAGAUUCCACUUUCGAUGCCAGCCAGAGAGAACCCAUGCGAGAUCAGUUAUACAAGGGGGAUUGGCGUUCUCAAGUCAAGACCUUCUACUCUCAGAUCACGGACAAACUCAUCAAGGAGAAAACGUACAAGCUUGCUGGACAGAACUUCGUCGAUAUUAUCCGAGAUGUUGGGAACAUCGGACCUGUCUACUUCGCCUCACGUAUGUUCAACCUGCCGUUGAAGACGAAGGAAAACCCGAGGGGGAUCUACACGGAGCAUGAACUGUACAUGGUUCUUGCUGUGAUAUUUAUCAGCCUCUUCUUUGAUACCGAUCCUGUCAAGGCAUUCCCAAUGCGGCAGGCGGCAAAAGCGAUCACUGGACAGCUGGGGAAGAUUGUCGAAGCGAAUGUAAAGCAGGUGACAGGCUUAGGUCUCGGUGGGCUAUUCUCAUCAUGGCCGAAGAAGAAUGAUGCUGUGGCAUCGUACGGCGCCAACUUGAUCAAAGGGUUUUCUAAGACUGGUCUGAACAACUACGAUAUCGCAUGGGGUCAAAUUCUGCCUACCGCAGGAGCAUCUGUGCCGAACCUCGCAGAAGCGUUCGCUCAAGCUGUGGACUACUUCUUGUCAGCAGAAGGAUCCAAACACAUUCCUGAGCUUCAUCGCGUCGCAAACCUCCCAUCUUCGGCCGAUACAGACGCCCUAAUGCUAGGCUACGCAUUGGAAGGCGUUAGGCUUGCGGGAACGUUCGGUUCAUACCGCGAAGCGGCCGUGGACGACACUAUAGAGGAGAGCGACGGUCGCAGGGUAUCUAUUAGAGCGGGAGAUCGUAUCUUUGUUAGCUUUGUGGACGCAGCCAAAGACAGAAAGCAUUUCCCGGACCCCGAGAAGGUAAACCCACGACGACCAUUGGACUCGUAUAUCCAUUUCGGGUUAGAGCCACAAGCUUGUCUCGGACCGGACGUUUGCCAGGCUAGCUUAGCCGAGAUGUUUCGCUCUGUAUUCAAGCUUAAGGGCAUACGAAGAGCUCCCGGUCCUCAAGGUGAGCUGAAGAAGAUCCCACAGGCUGGCGGAUUCUCCGAGUACAUGAGAGAGGAUAGGGGGGCAUAUUUCCCCUUCCCUUGUACGAUGAAGAUAUGUUAUGACGAUUAGUGAGAUAGUCUGGACUCUGGAAACUCGAGGGAUUUUGUAUUUCUUGACUUUAGCUAAUAGUUUGGUUCGAUAUCACAUUGUGUUAAUUUCAACGAGUGUUACACAUAUUUGGGUUCACAUAUCUUCGUAUUAUUUGAGUGUUCCUUUUCUUUCCCGCAAAUCAGAGUUAGUUAUUCUAAGAUGCUUAGGUGGGAGGUGUCGUGUUAUCCAACUUACUUAUUUUUUCUCUUUCUUGCUUUUUUUCUUCUCCAAGACUAAUGUCGCCUUAAAUGUCUGGUGGCUGAAUAUUUGAUUCACAUGAGCAUGCAUAAUUUACAUAAUUGAAACAAUCCCAUGUGCCGGUGAACUAAAG